GCCACCUACCUUCUUCCACUCUUUCUCCUUUCUCCUUUCUGUGAGCAAACGAAGGAGAAAAAGGCCUCACUGCCACCAUCCUCUUCACCAUGGCGCCGCCGCUCCAGGCUGCCCCUCGACGAGCCGAGGGCACCAGAAGAUCCGCGUCGUUGUCCUCUCCAUCUCUAUGCGAGGAAUCGAGAUGGGGCUCAGUAAUUCGUGCGCUGUGUCGCCGAUUCUCCACGCUGGCCGCCGUGCUUCUUCUUCAAUUCUGGCCGCUCUCGUCCUCCUCCGGCCAAACCAAGCCCACCUCCGCACUCCUGAUGCCGCCGUCGGCGAUACUCCGGCGAGCUUCCGGUGCCAACACCACCACGUCCUGGUUCCUUGCGACAAGGCGCAGCCCCGACGACGUCUCGCCCGUCCCAGUUAGGCCGCUCCUGUCGUUCCCGUGGUCGACAUGGUCUUGGCUGCCAUGGACGUUCCUGAUCCAGAUCCCCGUCCUAGAUGGUUUCAAAACCAAGCGUGUCCUCUCCUUGCCAUGAUCCAAGCCAACAGCUCGGUGAUGGGCCUGUCCCAGAUCUCCCCUGUGCAGCCCAUUGCCCGCGCAUCCAGAAACUUCCCGCCGUCUACGCGGUUCCGGCCCAGAAAUAUCGCAGCAUUUGCUUCUUCCCAGAUAGGAUCGCGAAGUGGUGAUGUGAGAUACGACAGGAUCCCCGGAUGUCCCUCGGCAAGCUUUAACAGGUAUGAAGACCGGUACGAUGAAGGCGACGUUAGCAAGGUUACCCUUCCGGCUUGGCCUGGGCAGGGUUAUGGACGCCACUGGUUAUCUUCAGGACUCUUAGUCUAAAUUUGUAUCUUAUCUGUACUCGGAUGUAUUUGAUCUUCUGUAUGAUUUGGAUCUUUGUAUGUAUCUAUUUGUAUCUUGACUCGUUGGAGUCGUUGUUGUAAUAUAUCUGUAUCUUGUGGGCUCUAUUGUAAUCCUGUUGUAAUGUUA